AUGAAGCCCGUUCUGGAGUUACUGAAGAGCUUCUAUAUACAGCGGAUAAUUCUAUACUGUGUGAUCGCUGUGUUUAGUUUUCUGGUUAUCGUACCUUUAGGGGAUCUCAAGAUCCGCUUCACAGAUGGCCACUGUUCCAGAUGUCUCCUGUACUCAACAGUUAUGUACGCCUUCAACGCGACAAGCACCCAGACGUACUGCAGGCAGAUCGAAUUUGGCGAGCAGGAGGUGUGCGAGUACAGCAUCGCCGUGUCCUCGGUCUUCUGCCUGAUUUAUCCCUCGUUGUUUUCGGUGGUGUAUUUCUUCUUGUACCGGCGAGACAACGCCGAGACUAGGGACGAGAACAAGUUAGAUUUGGCACAAGGUCUCUUCUUGCUUCACAUUUUGUUUGAAGUGGCUGUCGUGAUUCUCAUGUUGGUAUCUGCUUGUUUGAUCACAGCUGGAUAUAGAUUUAUCUGUGAUUCCUUGCAUGGUGAUGGGCAUCAGCUUGGCAGCUGCAUGGAUGCUGAGAAUUUUGCUAACUGGUGUGGUUAUGAUGGCAGUAACUUCUAUGUCUCCCUGGCAAUUUCCACAGCUGGCGGUUGGUGUCUGUUUGUGUCCUGGCUGUUGCAGGGGCUCCUGGGCAUGUGGAAGUUAUGGCGGCUAAACAUGUUGCCAGUUUUACCUCUGCCAUGCUGCAAGCAAGACGAAUAA